CCUUAACUCGAGUUGCCACCUGCCAGAAAACCACAUAAGAAGAAUCAGAGGAAUCACAGCUCGUAUGUUUUGUUUUCUGAAGUUACUGUCAGUGGACCAGCUGUAAAAUGUCCACUGUAACGCAACCUGCGAAUGACCAGUAUGUAUUUCGUCGACGUGAAUUUGAAGAACAGCCUCCGGAAAACCGGAGAAGAUGGCAAGCUCCUGAACAUGUUUACGCUGCACGACAGACCGCUUUACAUUACCAGCGAUUACAGGCUGAAAGCAGCCGGCCCCGACCUGCCCCCCCCAGGGACCCCAGCAGCAGAUGGCCCCUCGUGGACGACCCCACCACCAGAGAGCCUCAGCUGGACGACUGUGAGCGCAUGGGGACUCUGUUCGGGAUGCUCAACAAGGGUCUGCGGAGGAUGGGCUUCAGCCAGAUGUACUUUGGGGACAAGAUAGUGGAGCCGGUAGUGAUCGUGUUCUUCUGGCUGCUGCUCUGGUUCCUGGGAAUCCAGACCCUGGGGCUGGUGGGAACUCUGUGCAUCAUCAUCAUCUACAUCCAGAAGUGACGGGGGCGGAGCCUGCUCUUCGCUUGGGUUAAUGCUUCCAUCUGCGGGACUUUUGUCAUGCGAAUGGAUUUGAGGGGGGCGUUUGAGUGAUGGUGACUAGCAGCUUUCUGCAAUUGGUUUGAAGCUUGUUCAGUGUUUCAGAGGGUCCCUUCUUCAGGAUUGAUUUUCCCUAAGAUACAGGAGUGGUGUUUGUCCCGCUGCCUCUGCUAUUAUUCUGUUGAAAUGGCAUGGAGAGCUGCAGGAAUGAGUCCUAAACCAGGAUAUGAGUUAGCAUUUGAACACUUCCUGUUCCCUUGUCUCAAAGUUUUUUUUUUAACAUGUUUUUGGUUAUAUAGCUGAAAUAAGAUCUGUGGUUAACAAAAUAUUUUCAAUUUCCAGAAGUAACACAUGUCAGUAAAUACCCCCACUGGUGCAUGCCUGAAGCUUUUAUGUGUCAUAAAAACAGAGGUUGAAUACUAGUUAGUAAAUAAGACUUCUAAAAGUAAUCUCGCCGAAUAUUAGCCGCUUUUAGCUUAGCGGUGGUCACAUAAAGUCAUGUGACCAUGAUUGUCAAGGUUGUCUAUUUAUAGCAUUAGCUAACGUUAGCUUUUUAACUCUUGCAGUAAUUGCAAUUACGCUUCAGAAAUCAUAAAGUGGUGUAAAUAUGUGCAAAUGAUCCUGCUGAACACAACAUGUAACAUGUUAUAUCAAUGUGUUUACCAUAGAUCUUAUUUUCAGCAAUAUUUGGAAAUCCAAUGGAAAAGCCCCAUUGAUUUUUGUCGAGGGAGCCAUUAAGAUGCUAAAUUUUGGGUCGGGCUACAAAAAUAAGUCUUCACGGCACCACUCUAUAGAUGAUCUGAACAGGAAGACGUUGUUGGAAAUAGCUAGUUUCAGUUUGAAUCGGAGACUAAAGAGUGAAGGACUGAAGUGGCAGCAAAAAGAUUGGAGAUCUUCACUGACAUAAAGAAUGUGAACGUGUUGGGUAAUCGUAUAACCCAUCCGAAGGAAAGGUGUCUGAAAGUAAAUCUGACACCUUGUGAAACCUAUGCUGUAAAACGUUUACUUUGUGAAAGGGAAAUAUAUAUUGAUAGCUGAUUAAUGAGAAAAUAUUGUUCUAAAAGUGACACUUCAGGUUUCUAUUCUGGGGACCGGUUCUGGAUAACUGUCUCCUUUGCUUUAUGUAUCUUGGUGCCUGCUAAAUGAAAUGCACUUUGGUAUGAUGGUGUAUUGGGCCAUUGUACGCUAAACAAAUACUACGUAGCCAGGGAAGAAACCCAUUCACAAGAAACACCAAAUAUUAUCUGCGAUUCAUAAAAAGGGCAUUGAUUCAGUUUUCAAUGUUGGCGUGACCUCAGCCCAGCUUGCUGUGUAUUUUUCUAAUUAUACUUUACAACGGUAAAGGUUUCAGCAGUAAGAAAAUAACAUAUCAAUAUAAGCAUCCAUGUUCCAUAUACUGUCCCUCCUCAUGAACAUGUAGGGCUGUAACAAGUGAAGUGUUAAAUGAAGAGAAAAUAUUGUUUUGGGGAGGCUAAAGGCCAUCAAAUAUGGAUAAAAGAAGAAUAUUCUAGAUGGAUAUAAACAUUUUGUCCAUUUCAGAUAUGAUCUUCCUUUUUUAUUUUUAAAUACUUGUUCACUUUUGGACCUAGAGCUUUGGUUGUGUUUGAGUGACAGUUAUUAGUUUGUCAUGAUUUAUGUUGGAUUGCUAACUUCCUUCCCUGGCUCUGAAAUUCGUAUUUGUUUUACUUACAAUGCUCGUAAUAUGUCCUAGUGCUUCGGUAACUCUCUAAAAAGGAUGAAUUGAUUUCAAAGGGAACUGACCGGAAUGUGGCGUGUGUAGUGUCAAAAUAAGUGGGAUAAUUGAAUAUAUUGUAUUUGAGACCAAAUAUGUUUCAACAAAGCUACACCUUUAUACUGAUGCAAAAAGAUGCAUGCAGAUCCACCUUCUGAUACUUUAUAUAUCAUUUCACUGAUGCUUUUAAUCCAAAGCUAACCUGCACUUUAUCCUGUAGACAAGCCUACAGGAGAGAUUUGGUGCUGCAGGGGCUGGGAAUCAAACCGCUGACCCUCUGAUUGGUAAAUGCUUAUCUCCCCUGUGAGUCGCAGGUCGCCCACACACUGACAGUUUGUGCAGAUAGAUACACUGGAGUGUUAAGUUGACAUUCACAAAAUGAAAUGAUUCAUAGAACUGCUCAAUAUAGCAUAUCAAUAUCAGACCUGCUAUUGUUUUGGGCAUUUUUGUGUUUCUAUUUACAUAGAAACACAUCUUUGUUACCAAGUCAGGUGCCUAUGAAUACAGGGCGGCUCUCGUUUCUUGAUGGUAUCCUAUUUACAGCACGUACCGUCAGAGCUCGAGGCUGACAGCAUUCAGUUGCAUUAUAUUUUACAACAGUCGGAAUUAUGACCUCCUUCAGUUUUUACCAUGGUAUCAAAUUACAUAUCAGGAAUCGUGGAGAUUUCACAGGUAUCGACUACUAACAUUUCUGGUAUUGGGACUUACCUAGAAGUUACAAAAUUGUCUUAACCUGUCAGACCGAUUGUAUAUUUGUCUCUGCUUUUAUUAUCUUAUCUGAUAUCUGUCAUCAUGAGGUUUAUAUGUGUUGCUGAAGCAUUCUCAGGUGUUGCAAGUGUAACACUUCUAUGUAAAAGGUUGCUUUCAAUGAGGAGCAGAAGAUAAUAAAAAUAUAAAGAACAAUAUUAAA